AUGGAGGAUCCCGAAAGCGAGACCGAAGAAUCAUCUCCGCCUCUACAAGAUACUUGCAUACAUGAAGUCACUGCUCUAUUCCCCGACAUCUGUCUCGACUAUGUCCAGAAGAUCGCUGGACCUCUUUCAUUCGUCCCUCAUGAAGUGAUCAAUCAUCUUCUCGAUCUCCAAGAGUCUGGGCAAGCAUAUCAAAAAGCAAAGCGACCGAAACAGACCAUCGGCAAGAGGAAGCGCGCGACCGAAGGACAAGAUGACGAGGAUGAAGACGAGAAACUUCAGGAUAGACUCUCUGAAGCAAAGCGCAAGUACAGUAACCUUGAAGGACAUGUCAUUGCUCCGAAGAGUACCCAAAUGGCCACUAUCAAGCAAAUGAUCGCAGGGGAUUUCCCAUUGGUACCAGUAAAGGUCAUUCAACAGACCCUUUCUGACAACGGAAACCGCCUUUUCCCAACAUUUAUUGCCAUCAAUACUGCCAUCAAUCAGGCAGACGACCAUCAUCCGUUACCUUGGAAAUUGAAGAAGACACCAUCAAUGCCGGCACAGCGAUACAGAAAAGACAAAAUCGACACGUCCAUACAAACCUGCCACAACGAUUGGGAGAAAGAACUGAUGAGGGAACUCGAAGCUGCUAGAUUACUGCAGUGGGAUGUAGUUGAAAAGCGUCGGGCAGAAGCAUUGGCCGAGGAGGCCGAGAGGAUGAACCUUGAGUCGGCAGAUGCAAGAGGAGAAGUAACCGAGUGCGGGUGUUGCUUUGUCGAUACUCCGUGGAACAGACUUGUCUAUUGCCAAGGCGAUGAUCCUCACCCUUUCUGUACCAACUGCGCUCGUCGACACGCAGAGACACAAAUUGGCCUUUCCAAGUACGAACUUGAAUGCAUGUCCACGAUUGGGUGCACGGCUGGGUUCUCGUACAGCGAGCGCCAGAAGUUCUUGAAUAAGAAACUAACUGCGGCAAUCGAUCGAAUUGAACAAGAGGCCAAUCUGCGCAUGGCUGAACUACCUGACCUCGUCAACUGCCCCUUUUGUCACUAUGCAGAGGAGUACCCGCCAGUUGACGUCGAUAGAGAAUUCCGGUGCCGAAACGACGACUGCAAGAUCACGAGUUGCCGGCUUUGUAACUACGAAACACAUGUACCGAAAACCUGCCAGGAGGCAGCCAUCGAAAGAGGUGUCGAUUUGCGGCGGGAGGUGGAAGAGGCCAUGUCUUCAGCCCUCAUCCGCAAAUGCAACAAGUGCCGUACCCCUUUUAUCAAGGAAGAAGGCUGCAACAAGAUGACUUGCACCCGCAAAGGCUGUGGCAACGUUCAGUGCUACGUCUGUUCCAAGUCUUGUGACUAUGAUCAUUUCAAUGAUGAGAGACGAGGAGGCAAACAAGGCAACUGUCCCUUAUUUGAGAGUGCUGAAGAGCGUCAUGAAAACGAAGUCAAUGAGGCUGAAAAGGCCGCCAAGCAAAAGGUCCUGGAGGAGAAUCCAGAGCUUGCAUCAGCGCCUGAACUUCUAAAUUUCAACAUGUCUGAAAGGGUCAAGACAGACGACAUGCGGCGUAAAAAUAAGUUUGGACACAGAUAUAGGGAUCGAGUCAACUUCAUGCCUAUGCCGCCGCUGCAGGACGUUGAAGGCCAAAUGCCUAGGCCGUUCUUCAAUGUCCCACCGCAACACGCACAGCAAGUACAAGGACAGAACCCAUACCUUAUCCCUCGAGAGAAUUUUGAUAUUUUGUUGAGGCACGAGCAAGCCCAUGCCCAAGCGCAAGCCUACGCCCAACAAAUCCGCGAUGUCCAGGCCAAUGGCAAUGCCCAGCGAGUGGCAGAAGCCCAAAUUCCUCUUCCGAUGAACGGCCUGCAAGGAAUGCAGAACCCAGUCCAGCAGCAAGCACACAUGGGGAUCCGACGUCGCCUUAAGAAUGCAGUUGCUCGCUUUGGUAAUAGAGCACCACUGCCAGGGGCACAGCAAGCACAACAACAACCCCAGGCUGCAGCGGUCCCAGUAGCACCAGGAGAUCCGGGCCCAGUGAUCCCAGGGAUAAACCUUCAAGGAAUGAUGAAUUUUGAACCAUUAGGGUACAUGAUGGGCCAAUUUGACGCAAUGGAGCAUUGGCGUGGCCAGGGGUAG